AUGUCGCGUAACCCAUUCGUUCACUGGCUAGUUUGGCUCGUAUCGAUUAUAGUCGGUACCAUUCGAGCAGAAGACGACCCUCGAAUAGUAAAUGGUCAAAACGCACAAUACGGUCAGUUUCCGUACCAAGCUAUGCUUACAAUAACAAAUCCCGAUCGCACAUCACGUUGUGGAGGCAGUCUUAUUUCGGAGAGAUGGAUUCUAACGGCUGCUCACUGUAUUGACGAGGCAUUGGUGGUAGAAAUCCUGCUGGGAACUAUUUACAGAAACCCCACCGAUGAUGGCAGCCUUCGGCUUGUGUCAACACUUUUAAUAGUGCAUCCAAAAUUUAAUCCAGACACUCUUGAGAACGAUAUAGGUCUGAUUCAUCUGUUGGAAAGUGUGGAAUUUACUGAUCGAAUUGCUCCGAUACAGUUACCAAGUGGUCACCAAACUUAUCAGGGCCGAGCUGCCAUUGCAAGUGGAUUCGGAAGAACCAAAACUGAUGGUAGUCCAGCAGAAAGAUUGCAGUACGCAGUCAUGGAUGUACUCAGCAACGCGAUGUGUGCUUCAGCCUAUCCGGGAAUAAUUCGAUCGACCAAUAUAUGCGCAGUUGGUCGUAACAGAAGUUCCACAUGUAACGGAGAUUCCGGAGGUCCAUUGCGUUUGGAAAAUGAAAAUGUCCUAAUUGGAGUGACUAGCUUUGGAAGUUCUAUGGCUGGCUGUGAAAUGAAUUAUCCGGUUGGAUUUACGCGUGUUUCAGAAUAUAUAGAAUUUAUUCUAUUAAUUACUGGUGAUCUGGGAUAG